CGGACCACCACCACCACCCCACCGCGCGCGCGUGUGCUCGCCUCACUUCGCUUGGCCCGGCUGUCUCCACGCCACGCUGCCCACAAUCCCCUUUCCCCUCCAGUAGGUAGAGUGGCGAGAAGGAUGGUGGCCGUGUCCACGGCGACGAUGGCGAGCUCGCUGCUCCUCCGGCCGCGCGCGCUCCUGCCACCCCAUCCGAUUCCUAGCUCCAGCCGCCGGCCAUUGCCAGCUCCGCGUGUACAACUACAGGGGAGCAUCCAGGAGAAGCCGGGCCUUCCGGCGAAAAGCGACGGCGAGCGGAGGCGGCCGGCUGGGACGCGGCUCUACUCGCUGGCGCCCUACCCUCUGCUGCUGGCCGCGCUGCUGCCGGGAGCUGAGCCGGUGACGGCCGUGUUCGCGCCGUUCGUGGAGCUGGUGAAGACGUGGGAUCUCCCCGGCUGGCUCGUGCACUGGGGCCACCCGGGUAACAUGGCUGUGGUGCUCUUCGCAAUGGGUGGUUACGGGACAUACCUGGGCUUCAGGAUCAAACUAUCAGACGACCUUGAAGAGAAGGCCAAGGCUAAAGAUCUCCACCCGAAACUCCUCGCCGGGAUGUUCUUUUUCUUCGCCCUGGGCGCGACCGGUGGGAUCACAGCUCUUCUCACCUCAGACAAACCCAUCUUUGAAAGCCCUCAUGCCGUGACUGGAGUCAUCGGCCUUGCGCUCCUGACCAUUCAGUCUGUCCUGCCAAAACUGUUCGAGGGAAACCCAGGGCUUAGGACUACACAUGGUCUGCUCGGCAGUGGCAUCAUGACUCUGUUUCUAAUCCACGCGGCACUAGGCCUGCAGCUUGGGAUCAGUUUCUAACUUGUGGCUACAAUAUCUUGGGGUUUGCUUCUCUUUUUCUUUAACUCACUCUAAGUAUUAUCACACGAAGCAUCCCCUUAAAUGAAAAUAAUGUAAGAGAAAGCAAAAUUAUUUUCCUUGGCUUUGUUGGCA